CGUCUGACAUUCACUUCUGUGUCUCCUGCAGGCCCCUGGACAUGCUGGACAAAUUGCGGAGUCACUCUGCCGUGACGCGCCUUCGCGAAACGCGCUGCCGUGGAUGGGAGAGGGUGAGGUAUCAGACUUGCCACAGCACCGGGGAGGCUCGCCAUCUCCGUCAUGGCAUCCAUGGUUUUCCCGUUCCCCCGAGGCACCCCAGGUGGUCUUGCCGCGCCCUCCUCCUCCUCCGUUCUCGUUACGGGUCAACAUCGGUCGCAGACGAGCCCAUAUCGCUCCGCGAUCUGAGUCCUGGACCGCUGUGCAAAUAGCUACUCCGAUCGCUGCUGGGCUGACUGUGGCUGCGCUGGCUACUGUGCUCUUCUGCUGCUACCGCCAUCGGCACCGUCGCCCUACCUCGUCCGGCCCCGCCGGUAUGCCCCGCCGCCCGAAAGGGCCACCCAAUCCAUAUCCAGGCUUGGUGCGCGCCCGUCUCAACGCCCCAUCCUUCUUGUAUGGGCUCCUGCCUGGUACUCAGUCUGUGCGCUCGCGCGACGGUCUGCGGGAUCCGAACUGGCAGAUCGACGAGGGCGACGAGGAAGGUGAGUCGCUACGCAUGAACGGACAUGCGCACCAGCCUUCCGCGUCAUCCUCGACGUCCGUCCCUCUAUCUGUCGCCACGUCGCCGUACUUCAACCCACAGAUCGAAGAGGAGGACGAGGCGGAGGAGCAGGACCACGGCUAUUUCCCUGCUCCGAUGCACGGCCGUAGUACAUCGGCGAGCGACAGCGCGCUCCUCCUGCGACCCGAGCGCAAGAACCACUCAAAAUCCCUCUGGGACCGCCUUGUCAAGUACACGGAUGGAUUGAGGAAGAGCCCGAGCUACCGAUCCGGGCGUGUCCGUCCACUCGGAGCCGUUCAGCGCUCCUCGCGGAAUCUCGACGAUGUUCCGGGGGAAAUGCUACCGCCUUCCUCGAAGAGUGUCCCAGGCUGGAGUGCAUCAUCCCGGUCUUUGGCACGGCCUGGCAUGGUUGCACCCUCCACCACGACCCUUCCCCCUCCCCCCGCGCGGACGUAUUCUGCGGACCAUGAUGCAUACGACGCACACGACGCCUUGGCCAGGGCGGUUGAGCCGGACGAGAGUGUUUUGCUGAUCUCGAAGCUACCUGGUCAAGAUUUUUUCAUUGAUGACGCCACGACGGAACACUCGGCUCCCCUUCGUUGACGGACCCUGC